UCUCCUUCCCCUUCCUACUCCCCGCACAGCCGCUCCCCACUCCCUCCCAGAUCCGCUCCGCUGCCCUCGGCCCCAGAUCCGCCGCCGGCGUCCGCGCCGCCAUGGCGUGCCUCGCGAUCUCCCUGCAGCCGGUGAACGGCCCGGACAUCCUCCUCCAGACCCGGUCCUGGUUCCCCGUCUCCCGCGCCCUCGCCGCCGUCUCCGCCUUCCGCCUCGCGCGCCUCCACCUCGCCCGCGGCAAGCAGCAGCCCGCCGCCGCCUCCGCCUCCUCCGCCUCGCUCGAUGCCAUCGGCGACGACCCGCUUGCCGCCGGAUCGGGCCAGCUCGUCGUCGGCGUCGAGUCGCAGUACCGCGUCGUGUACCGACUCGUCAACUACAUCUACGUGCUCGGCGUCACCACCGCGGGCUCCGACCACGCCGCCCCCGCCGUCCACGCCUUCGCCGUCGCCGACGCCGUCAACCAGGCCGUCUCCGUCGUCGUCGCCGCCUGCCGCGGCGUCGACGUCACCCCGGAGAAGGUGCACCGCAAGUACCCCGAGGUUUACCUCGCGCUCGACCUCGUCCUCCACGGCGUCGGCUCCGUCCGCCUCUCCCAGAUCCUCGCCACCAUCCAUGGCGACAACCUCGCGCGCAUGGUCAACUCCUCGCCCGACGCCGAGGCACGCGCCCGCGGCGCAGAUUCCUGGUCCACAGUGGAGCACCUCGCGCAGGAUCGCCACGCCGCGAGGGAGGGCUUCUCCGGCGCCUCGUUCGAGCUUCCCCAGGAGACGCUUGCUGCUGGUGACGAGUUCUCGUCUAACAUUGCUCCUGCGACCACAGUUGCUACUGGGGAUGAGCCGCCACCUGAGGAGGCAGCUCCUGUGGACAAGGAUCCCUUUGCGGCCAGCGACCUCAUUAACAACAAGCCUGAAGAGGCUUUGGUUGGUGGGUUCAAGAAGAACAAGGAGACAGCCCUUGUGGUUGCUGAUCCUGCUGCUGCACUUGCUGGGUUGGAGGUCACAACUUUGCCGCCAGCUGAGGCAACUAAGCCGACAUUUAUCGGAGUUGAAGGGUUUGAAGGUGACUAUGGUGGAAUUGAGUUUGGCAACGAGGAAGCUUCACUUGCUGAGGCGUUUGAAGGGUUCAAUGCACCAUUUGGUGGUGGCCUGGAUGCUUCUGAGUUUGUUACCACGACGAAGAAGGAUCAUAAGGACAGGGCCAUCACUGGUCUUGAGCUGCUAGCAACCAGUGGGCAGCAACAGAAUGCAGCUUCUGGUACUCCACUGGAGAACCUGUUGGUGACCAAGCGCACAGAAAUGACUGCUCCUGAGUUGUUCAUUGCAGAGGAGAUCAAUGCAGAAUUCAAGGAGUCAAUUCUUGUGCGGGUUGGUUUGAAGGGUACAAUCUUCCUCCGAACCUUGCCAUUGAACAAGGCAGCGGGGAAGGAGACAGAAUUCUCAUUCCGUCUUGAGGGCACAUCAGGAAUGAAAAGGGCCGCAUUGCAGAGUAAUGUAUUGAGUAACCUCCAGAAUGGGUUAUUCCAUGUCAGAACUGUGUCGAAGGAGGAGCCCAUUCCCCUUAUGAAGUACAGCUUCCUGCCGAAGCACUCGCCUCUACCUUUGAGAAUGCGCCUUGUGAAGCGCCAUAGUGGGACAUUGCUCUCAGUGAUGAUACAGUAUGCAUCCAACCCAAUGCUGCCGCAGCCGCUGAACAAUGUAACCUUCAUUGUUAAGCUUCCUGUGGACCCCACUCUGCUCAAUGUUUCACCCAAGGCUGUGCUGAACCGGGCGGAGAGGGAGCUAAGAUGGCAUAUUUCAGACAUUCCCCUGAAGGGUCCAGCUGGAAGGCUCAGGGCACGAAUGCCUGUUGAUCAAGAUUCCAAGGAUGGUGAGCUAGAGGUCAUAGGGAUGGUGAAGUUUGCUUACCAAGGGCCAUUUACAUUGUCUGGCAUCAAACUACGUCCAGCCACUGAUGGCAUUGCCCAAUUUAAUGAAGUUGGACAUACCUUUUCCAGUGGGAGUUACCUGUGCGUCUGAUAGAAAGACAGCAGAGGAGGUGAUGAUGUAGCUGUAUCAUUGCUGGUGUGGUCCCUUAUCUUGUAUGUGCUUAUUGGAUAUAAGUUUCUGGCAAGAUAAACUUUUCAUCAUUACAAUAAUGAGAUGGAAGUGAAGGAUGCAUCCUUUUGCCGAUAAUAAGUGCCCUCUGGAUAUGCAUGUCUUUUCAUCAUUACACUAAAGAGGUGGAAGUGAAGGAUGCAGCCUUUGCCAAUAAUAAGUGCCCUCUGGAUAUGCAUGUGGUUCUGCGGAAAUUCUAGCUUCAGAUUUUGCGCAACUCUUCACAGUUGGAGCAUAUAAGAACCAGUCUCAUUUUUGGAUUGCGACUACCAUGUCUGGUCAGAGAGCCCAUUAAUGUCAUGCGGGCGUCAGAAUUAUGGUUUCAAGGAUGUGGGCAGAGUUGCAUGCCCGCAGCCAAGUCAAGAUCCUCAAUCAAUGUCUUUGAUCUGAAUCUGGCUGGCAACUGCCGCAGCGGCGUAUUACUGUGUUGUGUCAGGGAUCAUCACAACCAUGCAUGCUGACAGCAAGGCCUGCUGGUCAAGUCGUCUUCAGUUUAAUGUCAUGGCUGCUGAUGCAAUGCCGUUGCUUUUGGUCAGAUUCCAUGUGGGUUUAGCUGUGCUUAGAGGAAUGAAUGGGGCAGAUAGUGGCUGAUGGCUCGGCAUGUGGCGAGGCUGUGAUUUCUCCAUUGGAGCUGCAGGAGGGAAGAUGGCAUGCACAGAAGCAGGGAAACACCACCCAGGUAUUAACCACCUAAGUUGAAAGAUCCAAAGGGUAGUAACAAGUAGUGGCCAAUGGUUUGGAUUUUACAAUGGUGUAAAGGAGCCAAAGGACCUCUAGCUGACUUGGUUAGGGGAACCCAGCGGCACUCCUCAGGUCCUGGGUUCGACUCCUCGUGGGAGCGAAUUUCAGGUUGAGGUUAAAAAAAUCCCCUCGCCUGCCUCAUGUCCAAAGCACUGUGGAGCCCGGCCUAACUCACAAGGCGACGGGCCCCCGUGUACGGGUGGGGCAGGGGUUCGGGGAUUUUCUUGGCCUGCUGUGAGAAGGUCAUUCUACCUCUCAAAAAAUGCCGUGGGGGCGGUCUUACCCCCCGCAGGUCAAGUUUUUUACAAUGGUGUAAAGGAGUAACAGCAGAAUCAAUGAAUGGUCUUCCUUUUACACAUGGGUUUUGCCUGUCAAUUCUCUACCAACAUAUGUUGAGCGUGUCUCCGGUGAUCAGCUGUGGACGCUUCAGUGAGUAUACACAGCCACCACUGCCCCUUGCCGCAGGCCACAGCUAUGGUGGCGGCGCCGGUGUUCAGCCCCAGGUGCUACCUGUCAGGUUCAGCCUCAGCUACCUUGAGUGCUGUGAACCCUACUACAUGCCCCAAGGAUCUGGGCAACACUGCCUACCACAGCCAGCACAGCCUAUGCAGCACCAUUGGUAUCCUUCCCCAACUACACUGGCGGAUACAUUUGCUGGUGCUGGAGUGCUUACCAAGGCUACCCAUGCCUUGCCCAAGGAUGCCAAGGUACAUGUUUUGAAUCCCAACAAGUAAUACUAGCGUUGCCUUAUAAUCCUGUUAUGUCGCUAAAUUAAAUAACAAUUUUAUCCCCCUGUAGCUAUUAUUAGAUAUCAAAUUCAUCCUUCCAGAUGUAUGGCAUUUGUACAAAUAAAGCUGCUACACAUUAAAAAUUCUUGGAUGUUUCCUUGAGACAGGAGUUCCACUACUUGUUUAUGAUUUAGUGCCAAUGGUAGCCUUUUCAGCCAUCUUCAUAUUUAGCUCCAUAUCGUAUCUUGGAAAUAUGGAGUGAGGAUUGCAGUUGAAACUGCCAUGGCCAACUGCAUACUUCCACUCAAUUCGUAUCAAUGCCAGUGGUCUCAGGUCUGUAUCAAGGUACUGAAUAUUCUUCUUGUUGAUAGUGUAACUGUGAAGUUGUAAGGCUUUGGAUCUUCAAGGUACAUGCACCCAAAUUGAUCAAACAUGGGUGGACCCGUGGAUACAGCUGUUCAAGGAACAUUUGGGUACUUGGACCCUAUGAACUAUAUCAUGGGGGCACCUCACUGAGAAGAGCGAUGUAUACAAUCUUGAUUCGCUUUUUGUAGUUCUGGUUUAUGAAGAAGCCCAUUUCCUAUUGAUUCCCAGAAGGUCAUGGUCUUGUCAAACAUUCUGUUACCCUACUCCAGAAAAACAACUUAACCCAGGUUCUCAAGGAGGAAAGCUGAGAAGUUACUGAUGUCACCCUGUUGGCGGCAAUGUGAAGUUUUUAGAUCCAGAACGACCAACAAUGAGAUGAGUAGAGAAGGUGCUCAAAGGCAUGCAUGCAGUCAAAGGAGUGUGCUUCAAGUGACAUGUUGGAUGAUGAUGAACCGGAACUUGAUUCAGGCGAAUGAUCCUUCUGUUGUAGGUAUUAGUUCGUAAUGCUUACAGGGUCGUGCAUCUUUGUAGCUUCAAGCUGGGAUUAGUAGUUAUAUCAAACAUAAUUUGCAGAUUGAACUUCCUCCUAGUGUCUGAACUCUGUAUGGUUCCACGGUAUCUCUGGAUUUAAACUCUUGACAGGUGCAGCAUAGAUGCACCUUAUAUUUCUGAUUGUGAGCUCAUAAGUGCGGUUGGAGAUCUUUCUUACAGAUUCUUGGACAGGUGAGCCCAACCAUGUAAUUACAAAGGAUAAACACAACUGUUUGUUGACGUGGACUUCA